ACUCGUUUGAGUGACUCGUCCGCGUCGCCCGGUCGGUCGCCGUGUUCAGUUGCAGUUUGUCGACGGUCGGACUGAUUGACUUCUUCUCUCCCUACCGGAGCUGUCCAAGGUGAUGAGACAUGAACCAGAGCGCAGGAGCAGCGCAGCACGGCCGGAGAUACUCCGCUGAAGGAAAGGACUUAGGAUCUAUUGGACCGGACAGGAACUGGAAGGGCAUUGGCAUCUCUCUGCUGGUUAUUGCGGCGGUGCUCUCAUUCAUCGGACUGGCCAUAUUUCUGCUUUCAAAAGAUGAUGCUGGUAAAACCUUUGGUUCACAGCUGACACUUGAUGACCUCUUUCAUAGAGACUUCCAAAUACAUGACCCUGUUGCAAAGUGGAUUAGUGGGGAAGAAAUCAUCUUCCGGAACUGGGAUGGAGAUGUUCAGAAAUUCUCCACACAAAACAAUGAAACACAAGUCCUGCUGAAAAGCACUACAUUUGCGACUUUUAAGGCCUCAACGUUUGCAGUCUCUCCUGAUCUGAACUUUGUUCUUCUGGGAUAUGAUGUCAAGCAGGUCUACCAGCACUCGUUCUUAGCAUCUUACCUGAUCUACAACCUGUAUACAAGAGAGGUCCGGGAGCUGAAUCCUCCAGAGGUGUCAGACUCAGUCCUCCAGUUUGCCUCAUGGGGCGUUCACGGUCAACAGCUGAUAUAUAUAUUUGAAAACAACAUUUACUACCAAACAGACGUUCAGAGCAGCUCCUGGAGGCUCACGUCUUCUGGACAGGAAGGGGUCAUCUUCAAUGGCCUGGCAGACUGGCUCUAUGAAGAGGAGGUGUUACACACUCAGGCGACCCACUGGUGGUCACCUGAUGGAUCCAGACUGGCCUACCUCAACAUCAACGACUCCCUGGUCCCUAACAUGCUCCUGCCUCACUUCACAGGAUCUCUCUACCCUAGAGGGAAGGCGUACCCUUACCCAAAGAUGGGCCAAAUCAAUCCCACCGUCAGACUCUAUGUCGUCACUCUAGACGGCAGCUCCCUAACAACUGAACUGAGACCGCCUGACAGUUUUGAAAAGAGUGAGUUCUACAUCACCAUGGUGAAAUGGGUGACACGGGUGAGGCUGAGCGUGCGUUGGGUGAACCGAGCUCAAAACAUGUCAAUUCUUUCGCUGUGUGACGUCACCACAGGUGACUGCACAAAGAGACACGUGAUGACAUCAGAGAAGUGGCUUGAUCGUCAGAAUGAGGAGCCAGUGUUUACCAAAGACUGCACAAUGUUCUUCAUCACUAUGCCCAUAAAACAUGGUGGCAGUGGGACAUUCAACCAUAUCACCAUGGUCUCCAACCAAUCUGAAGGUCAAGAGGUCAACAUCCGCCACCUGACCUCAGGAAGCUGGGAAGUCUCUCAGAUUCUGGCCUAUGAUGAGAACACCAGCUCAGUUUAUUUCCUAAGCACAGAGGAAGGCUCCAGACAGCGCCAAUUAUACAGGGUCUCCACUGAUCCGGUUCAUAAAGUGUGCCUCACCUGCUCCCUCUUCAAAUCAAAGUGCAACUACUAUGACGCUAUCCUCAGCCCGGACUACCAACAUGUCCUUCUCAACUGCAGAGGUCCUGGAAUACCCCACACUACUCUACACAAACUAAAUGAUAUGAACAUGCACACGAUUAUUGAAGCGAACACAGUAUUAGAACAUGCACUGAAAAACAGGACGAAACCCAAGUGGGAAAGAAGACCUAUGAAAAUCAACAACACUGCUUUUCGUCUAGAGUUAAUUGUCCCAGGAGAUUUGGAUGAAACAAAAGCGUACCCACUUUUAUUGGUUCUUGACAGCGCCCCCGGUGGUCAGGCAGUGAGUGACCGCUUCUCUCUCGGCUGGGACUCUGUCCUGGUCAGCUCUGACAACGUCAUCGUGGCUCGUCUGGAUGGCCAUGGCAGCGGCUUCCAGGGUCAGAGGAUCCUGCACGAGGUUCAUGAGAGACUGGGAACUGUUGAUGUCCAGGAUCAGAUUGCAGUUCUGGAGUAUCUGAUCAGGUUGCCUUAUAUUGAUGGCAACAGAGUUGGAGUUUAUGGAAAGGCAUAUGGCGGCUUCCUGUCCUCGCUGCUGGUCCUUUCUCACAGCUCAGUGUUAAAGUGUGGCAUCGCUGUGGCCCCUAUAACAAACUGGAGACUCUAUGGCUCAGCCUUCACUGAGAAAUACUUUGGCUUUCCAGUGAAAGAGGAUCACAAAUACCAAAUUUCCAACAUCACAGUACUGAGUCCAUUGAGUUUCCUUAUUAUCCAUGGCACAGCAGAUGCCACUGUUCAUUUCCAACAUUCUGCUGAGCUGGUCAAAGCGCUGUCUACAUCAAAUGUUAACUACACUCUCCAGAUUUUCCCGGAUGAAGGACACAACAUUGCUUCUGUCAAGGGCCAACACUACAUGCUAAGCUCAGUGCUCACCUUCUUCAGGCGCUGCUUUCAGGAAGACGAGGCUUUAGUCCCGCAGACACCUAAAGAAGAUGACUAGCCCGCAGAACCUCCUUUGGAAAGACAGUUUUCUGUGGAAUAUAGAAACUGCAGCAAUGAGAGCCCAUGUUUUCCUGAAGGGCUGCUAUCUGUAAAAGCACUCCAACAGCGUUAAUGAAAACCCACGUACGUACGUACAGUAUGGAGGAUGAGUAGCAUUAAGUUAUGUCACUGAAAAGACUGUAGUAUUGUUGCUGUAAUCUACUGCUUCAGAUAUUGUUUGUAAUAUUUCUAUCAUGUACUGAGUACAAAUGUCAGGGUAUCAAAGAAACUUGUAUUUUUCCAUUUUAGAGUAUACUUUUUGCUGACGACUGUAAUCUACUGUGACUAUUUCUAUGUAGUGCAAACAAAACAGCUUCACUUAUUACCAAAUUUUGGGAGAUCAUAUCAAAAAACAGUUUUUGCAGGUGCCUUUGCCUUAUUACAUUCAUCAUUCGUUUCUAAACUUAAAGCCAAGACCAUGUUCACAGACUUAUCAUAAUGUCUAAUUAGAUAAUGAAGAUUGAUUAUUGUCAGCCCUGAGGAUCACCAGAGCAUCUGCCUACUCAGUGGUGGUUGACUGAUUCCUCAUCUUGCUGGGUCAUAAGACUAAAAAACAAUUACCAUAUGGUGGUUUUAACCACAUGCAGGUAAGGAGAACCAUUAUGUGAAACUUAAGCCGUACUCAGACUGGAUUUGUGUCUCGAGUGGAGGUGGGGUGAUUUUCACAUCACCUGUGCUGGUCAAUGAUUUUUAAUCCCGUCUGGAGCAUGUGCGUGCUUUUCACCCCCUGCCACAGUACUAAUUACAGCCGCAAUUGCCUACUAUUUUCCUGUGAAUUUGCUGGUUCCCCUGUAAUAGUCCCACUUAUACCAGUCCCAUCAGGGUUAAAUGUUAAGUGGAUCUCUGAGUUUUUCCUCAAGAAGAGCAGCUUGUCCUUCUGCUUUUUUUUUUUUUUUUUUUUUUUAAUAUGAGCUCAGUGUGAAAUGCGUAAAAAUGUCAAAAAUGUUUUUGCUUGUCUGAAAGUUGGAAACACAUAUUUAGGAAACAGUAUGAAGGUAGAGGGGGGAAAAAAGCCAUCAAAUAGGCUGUUGUAGUGUCACACACAGAUAAGAACUGGUUUUCUCUUUAUAGCCUAUACUUGUUUACAUUAAAGUAUGCCCACUUAGCAGUUUUCACUGUAACCAUAGAUGUACAAACAAUUCUCACUGGCUUAGUCUGAUGCUGAAGAAGACUUACAAACAUGAUGAUUCUCAGGCAAGGAUUGAAGUUUCCUUUUUUUUGAUGACCCCUAAGUGAAUCAUGUACAUCAGAGAUAAUGAUAUCCUCUGGACAUGCAAGUCACAGUGAAUGUGACUCAGUAUUGUAUCAACAUUUGUUUCAUGUCUGUGUGUUUGACUGAGUUAUGACUCCAAGAAGGAGAAUGAUUUUAGUUUCAGAUUCACAGUACUCAGUAUAUUUGCCUCAUGUCUCUCCCUCUGUGCCUCCCCUUCAGCUGCCCAGCAUCCCUCUGGGGAGGUUUUUGACUUUGUCCUGUCCAUGUCCAUUAGAAACCAUAUUCUGUAAUUCUGUGAUGGUCAAAAUGCCAAGGAGCACAGUGAAUAUUUCGCUCCCCCACCUCUCCCUGUAAUCUUAUUCCCAUCUGAAUCUGGGAUUGUAAUGUACAGUAGGAAAGGGAAUUACAGUGAGUCUUUGUUGCAUGUAACAACUUGUUUUUUUGCUCUUUUUGUGUUUUAUUUCUUUGUUUAGUGUCUUUUGUGAUUAGGGACUCUCUUUGAGGUACUUAUAUAUAGAGAAAUAAGAAUUAGAUGCUGGAUUUAUUAAAAUGUGUUACUAUUAUCACAGAAUUUGGGAUUUUACAGGGAUCAGAAAAGGUAUUAUAGAAUUGUUUUCAGAUGAUAAUGUCUGUCUCUUAUCUGCAUUGCAAUAAUACUGAUUCAUAAUUAAAUUAAAUUAAAUUAACAUUUCAUUUCAUGUUACGUCCAC